UUUUUAAUUCGAUACAUUACUAGAUUAUUCUAGAGUGUUCUCAAAUAUUAUAAAUAAGGCUGUGGAGCGUGCUUUAUGCGUAAAAUUACGAUAACGUAUAUACAAGUGAAGUGAAAAAAAAACAUUAAUUAAAAAUGGGUGCAACAAUUGUCGAAACUGCUGAAACGUUAAAAGAUAUGGGCAAUGAAGCCUUUAAGAAUGGCGAAUGGGAUCUUUCGAUUGAUUACUACACUAAAGCGAUCAAAAAGACAGAAGAUAAAGAAUCGAAAGAAAUGCAUGUGUACUACAAAAAUCGUGCAGCGGCCUAUUUAAAAAAGGAAAAAUACUUAAAUGCUGUUAGUGAUUGUGAUAAAGCUUUGGAAAUUGUACCAACGGAUCCAAAAGCGUUAUUUAGACGUUCGCAAGCAUUAGAAAGUCUAGAACGAUAUGAAGAAGCGUACAGAGAUGCUCGACAAGUUUUGAAUGUCGAUCCAACAAACAAAGCAAUUCAACCGGUGUUAGCACGUUUACAUACUAUUGUUCAAGAACGCCAUCGACUUAAUGCAAGUACAUCGACUAAAGUUACAAAAAUGAUUGAAAUUGCAUUUAAAAUGGAAGAAGAUCGUGAAAAACGUGAAACUGCUAUGAAAAACUUACUGGUUUUGGCUAGAGAAUCAAUUGGAGCGGAAAUUAUGUAUAAAGAAGGAGUAGUACAAAAAAUUAAUCAACUAAUCAAAGUGGAAAAGAAAUCAAAUUUAAGAAUACAAUGUGUACGGAUUAUUGGUGAAUUAUGUCGCAACUCGUUAGAUCGUACGAAAGGUGUUAUCUCAAUUGUUGGUAUACCGUGGUUUUUAGAAAUAAUUAAUUCUAACCAGGAGGAAGAUGUAAAUGCAGCUCAAUAUUGUAUGCAAACGAUUAUAAAUUCGUAUUCAGGAAUGGAAAAUAAACCAGAUUCGAAACCAAUUCAAGAAUUAUGCGAGAAACAUAAAUCCGAAAUCGAUACUUUAUUAUCGUGUUUAUUACAUUCCGUAACGAACCGAACAAUCACAGGCUUAGCGCGAGAUUCCAUUAUGGAAUUACUCAUAAAAAAUAUCCAUUGGGAUCAAUUAAAUUGGGCUGAACGAUUAGUAGAACUUAAAGGUUUGGAACGUUUAAUGGAAGUCGCAAGUGAAUUAAAAGAGUACAAAUAUGAAUCAGCUAUGGAUAUUACGGAUUCAAGUCGAACAAUUGCUUCGGUUCUAUUUUCGAAAGUAUACGAAAAUAUGUACUACGACAAAGCACGCGAAAAUUACUUCUCUCAUAUUCAAGAAUACAUUAAGGAUAAAUUAUUGACUCCCGAUAUUGAAUCGAAAGUACGUGUGACUGUUGCAAUUACAACACUUUUAACCGGUCCAAUUGACGUAGGAAACCAAGUAAUUGCCAAAGAAGGUGUUAUGGAAAUGAUUCUAGUAAUGGCUGGUACGGAAGAUGUCCUUCAACAGAAAGUCGCUUGCGAAUGUAUUGUGGCUGCGGCAUCGAAAAAGGAUAAAGCCUUGGCAAUUAUCAAACAAGGUGUGAACAUUUUGAAAGAAUUAUAUAAAUCAAAGAACGAUGAAAUUCGUAUUCGGGCUUUGGUCGGUCUAUGUAAAUUGGGAAGUUACGGUGGAAACGAUGCAACAAUAAGACCUUUCGCAGAUGGAGCAAAUCAAAAAUUAGGGGAGGCUUGCCGACGAUUUUUAAUUAAUCCUAAAAAAGAUUACGAUACAAAACGUUGGGCGGCUGAAGGCUUAUCAUACUUAACGUUGGAUGCUGAAGUUAAAGAGAAAUUAAUUGAAGAUCGUCCUGCUAUUAAAGCUUUAAUUGAGCUAGCAAAGACCGGAAAUCAAGCUGCGCUUUAUGGUGUAGUCACAACGUUAGUAAAUCUUUGCAAUGCUUACGAAAAACAAGAAAUGGUACCAGAAAUGAUUGAAUUGGCAAAGUUUGCAAAGCAACAUAUACCCGAAGAACAUGAAUUAGACGAUGCCGAUUUUGUUACAAAACGAGUCACUAUUCUUGCAAAAGAAGGUGUUACAUCAGCAUUGGUUGCGCUAUCAAAAACUGAAAGUAAUAAUUCAAAGGAGUUAAUUGCUAGAGUGUUUAACGCUAUUUGUGCAGAACAAGAGUUACGUGGCAUUGUAGUACAGCAAGGCGGCGCAAAAGUAUUACUUCCCAUGGCAUUAGAAGGUACAGAAAAGGGUAAAAAACACGCAGCUCAAGCAUUAGCUCGAAUCGGUGUAAAUAUUAAUCCAGAAGUUGCAUUUCCUGGUCAAAGAAUGUUAGAAGUAGUAAGACCUUUGAUAAAUCUCCUACACCCUGAUUGUUCCGGUUUGGAAAACUUCGAAGCUCUAUUAACUCUUUGUAAUAUAGCAAGUUGUAAUGAAGCAGCUCGGCAAAGAAUUCUAAAAGAUGGAGGUUUACCCCGAAUAGAACAUUUCAUGUACGAAGAGCAUACAAUGUUAUGCCGUGCAGCGACUCAAGUUAUUACAAAUAUGGUGUCAUCUCCGGAUGUUGUAAAAAUUUACGAAGGCGAUAAUGAUCGUACGAAGUAUUUACUUGUUCUCUGUGGUGAUGAAGAUAAGGAUACAGCUUUUGCUGCUUCCGGAGCGUUGGCAACAUUAACGGCAGUUAGUGAAAAAUGUUGCAAAAAAAUAUUUGAGCUGAAAUCAUGGUUGGAAAAUAUUCAUUGCCUCUUAGCGAAUCCAAACAGUGAAAUUAUGUACCGAGGAGUAUACAUUGUUAAUAAUUUGAUAAAUAGUUCAAAAGAAGUCGCAGAGAAAUUAAUCGACACAGAUGUUAUGGAAAUUUUAAUGGCGUUAACACGAUUGGGAGAUGCUGCAUUUGAAGGUGUUGAUAAAGUUCGAAAAUUAGCAAACGAAGCGUUAAAAUCUGCGGAAAAAUGGAAUUUAAUUAAAAAACCAGAAGACGUUACUGAAGAAUAA